AUCACUGAGAAGGGUGUUCACUGUAUGCUGCGCGUAAGAUACGCAGGAGAGAGAACGAAGCGGGCUGGUGGCGGUGAAGAUGGCGGAUGGAGACAGUGGGAGCGAGCGCGGUGGUAGUAGUGGAGGAGGAGGAGGCGGCAGCGGGUUUCAGCACUUCCAACGGGAGCAGGAGACCCAGGAACUUGCUUCCAAGAGGCUUGACAUUCAAAACAAGCGGUUCUACCUAGACGUCAAGCAGAAUUCGAAGGGCAGGUUCAUCAAGAUAGCCGAGGUCGGGGCCGGGGGCUCCAAAAGUCGCCUGACCCUCUCCAUGUCAGUUGCGGCCGAGUUUCGCGACUACUUAGGGGAUUUCAUUGAGCACUACGCCCAACUUGGGCCCAGCAGCCCUGAGCAAAUCGCGCAGUCAUCCGGUGGAGAUGACGGUGGGCCUAGACGAGCCUUAAAGAGCGAAUUCUUAGUCAGAGAAAACCGAAAAUACUACCUCGAUCUGAAGGAGAAUCAACGGGGGAGGUUCCUCCGAAUCCGACAGACCGUCAACCGUGGGCCCGGUUUCGGAGUUGGAGGCCCUGGGGGCGGAAUGCAGGCAGGCCAAACCAUCGCGCUCCCGGCCCAGGGCUUAAUAGAGUUCAGAGACGCCCUUGCCAAGCUUAUAGAUGAUUACGGUGGGGACGACGAGGAACUGGCCGGUGGCACAGCAGCGGGGGGUUACGGCGAGCUUCCCGAGGGAACAUCCAUCAUGGUGGACUCCAAGCGCUUCUUCUUUGACGUCGGGUCCAACAAAUACGGAGUGUUCCUGAGAGUUAGCGAAGUCAAACCAAGCUACAGGAACUCUAUAACUAUCCCAUUUAAGGCCUGGGGUAAGUUCGGUGGAGCAUUCAGUCGGUAUGCAGAGGAGAUGAAAGAAAUCCAGGAGAGACAACGGGAUAAAAUGUACGAGAGGAGGGAAGAGUCGGAGGGCGAAGAUGUGGAGGACGACUGAACCCCCCUCAAGGCUGUCCAGCUGACGUGAGAUCUGCAGAUGAAUAACGAUGCAGUACGCAGACAUGACAGAUUUACAAAGUGCAUGACGAAUCGAACUUAUACUAAAAUAUUGUGGCGUAAUAUACAUUUGACAGAAUUAUAGAUGUGUAAGAUCCGAAGUUUUUUUUGUUUGUAACGAGGGUUGUUUGGGGGGUCACAAUUAUAGUAAAAGCCAUGGGCAAAAGGUGCACGACAGGAACGUCUUAUAAGACAAGAAAAAGUAUGAUUUGUUAUAAAGGCCUAUGAUAACAUGGCAUUCUCCUAAACCAGCAACUCUUCAUCCUAAGAGGACAAAAAUCUUUAUACUGUCAGAUUAUGAUGACAAACAAAUCUUUAUAAUAUCAGAUUGUAACAUUUAUAUUAAGAAAAAAAAAAUACCCCCUACCCAUCAACCCACAUGCAUUUGCUUAUGUGUAUUGUUGCUGUUUAGCUAAAGACAUGGGAGAGGUGCUCCAGUUGUAGCUCUGUCGAUGUCUCUCCUGUGCCUGGGCCCUUUACGUUUAAAAACUAGUCCCAGGGGGUCCAGAGCACUCUUGUGUCUAUCUGUGGGGUGUUUAUUUGGCUUCAAGGUGUGUAGAAAUGAUAAGGUUGGCUUUUGCAAUAUGAUGUCAAGAUCUUUAGCCAUUUCCAUAAGGCCCACAGUGAGUGAGUGAGUGAGUGAGCUCCUUUGAGCUGAGCGAGCCUGCAAUGGCUGAAACAUUGCUACUUUAGAUGACAGCCUCCAUACAUGGUAGAAGUCUGUCACCAGAGCUGCUGACUGAUCUUACUCCCAUAAAUCAGCCUAGCCUCUUACAUUUGCAAAGCAUUGGUUCAGAAUUUGUAAACAUAAUUGGGACACUUAUUUUUUUUGACAACAUAACAUAAGAUCAGAGGAAUAUAUUAGCAGAGUGGAUUAACGAUAUAACUGCAUCAAAUGAAAUGUCGCGUGCAAGUCCAGCUGUCUUCCACGCCCCCCCCUGCCAAGAAGCCGUCUGCCCGACCAACGUCCAGCUUCCUGAAUGGGGAGACGUGCCAUUGGUCCAAAAUGGACAAUCUUACUGGGAUCAAUGCAGGACGCCAGAACUCUCAGAAGUUAUCAGCUGAAGAAUGACGCAGUCUGCUGUCUGGAGUUCUCAUGGACUGACAAAGAGAGAGUUCCUCUACUCUCUGCCCAUCGUGGAGACUAAAGCGUCAACAACAUUGGACCUUGACUGUGAGGUAACACACAUGUCAUUCUAAUACUCCCAAGAAGUAGAGGUAGCUCUCUCCAGUGGCUGGUCCAUGCACAGGCCUCAACACACUCCUGGUCAUUAAUGGACUGAAUCGCAUGAAUGGUUUCUUUUUCUUUUGUAAGAAAACUUAUAUUUGCAGAUUAUACUUUAUGAGAGAAAAAAAAACGGAACAAACCAGCAUAUUUUUAAUUACUUAAAUAGAAUAUAUCUAUACGAAUGACAGAAUUAUAAAGCCAUAUUAGGCUGAUUUCAUAAAGCAAAGCUGGGGAGAAGCAUUGGUCAGAUAUUUUUUCCUUUUUUCAUUUUUGUUUGUUUUCCUAUAGAAAGUGGAAGAACACGUCUAAGUAAAGAAAAUAUAAAAUGCAAUGUAUCUUGACUGUAUAAAAGAUUCCCAUCUUUUCUUCCUCACAAUAUAUGUUGACAAUGUACUGGUUAAUGUGUUUUCUGAAAGUAUAGACAACAUUUUAUUUAGCACACUAUCUAACAGAUGGGACCCAUGUCACAACCAUGUGAGUCAUUUGUUUUUUCUAAAAAUGUGCAUCUCUGUCCCACA